GGAGAGGGGUUGUUGAGGGACGUUUUGUCGAGGAGUGGGCGUGCGUGACGGACGGUGGGCAGUGGAUGCGAAGGAAGCAGACGAAGGUGUGCCUUUGUGACGAGUCAGGAGAGGGACGUGAAGAAGUUGGUGCUGUUUCGGUGGUGUUUGGCGUGGAAGCUGCGGAGAAGAGGCGGCGGAAGGGCGGGAAGGCGGCCGCGUAUUACUGUAAGCUGCAGAGAAGAGGCGGCGGAAGAGGCGGCGGAAGAGGCGGCGGAAGGAGCUCGAGCUCAAGGACGAGGGAGGAGAGUGGAGGGUAGAGGAAGAUGAUGGACGCGCAGACGAAGCUGUCGAUGAGCCUGGACGAUCUAGCGGCGAAGAACGGCCGGCGGAUUCAGAGUGGCGUGGUAGCGAAGAGAGCGUUCCGAAGACCAACUCCUUACGGCUACGGGUCGUUCAGAGGGAUCCCUUUCCGCAAUCGCCCACCACCGACAAGGCUUCCCGAGCUAUGCAACAAUUGCAAGAGACCGGGACACUUCGCCCGCGAGUGCCCUAAUCAGGUGGUAUGCAAUAACUGCGGAAUGGCAGGUCAUCUGGCGGCGGCGUGCACCAAUGAAGCGAUCUGCCGGAACUGUAAACAGGCUGGGCACAUAGCUGGGCAGUGUCCGAACGAAGCUGUUUGCAAUAUCUGCGGAAAGCCGGGGCAUAUCGCACGAGGUUGUGCGGCUUUGGAGGGAGGAGAUCGAGAUGCCGUAGGGCUGCCUAAGUCUCUCCUAUGUAAUAACUGCUUCAAGCCUGGGCACAUUGCCGUCGAUUGUCCGAACGAGACGGCAUGCAACAACUGUAGGAAGCCGGGGCAUUUGGCGCGAGACUGUAAGGACCUUCCGGUUUGCAAUCUGUGCGGCGAUCGGGGUCAUAUUGCGCGGGAGUGUUCGCGUAGCGGUGGGCUAGUGUGCAACCUCUGCGGUGAGAGGGGACACAUCGCUCGCGAGUGCCCGCGAGGAAACGGGAUCAUCUGCAAUCUCUGUGGGGAAAGAGGGCACAUUGCCCGGGAGUGUCCGCGAGCGGCGGCGGGGGCGAUCAUCCCUUUCAGGAACGACAUGUUUGGUGGAGGAUUCGGGAGUGCGGGGUUCGGUGGUGCGGGUUUCGGCGCGGCGGCGGGAUUUAAUGGCGCAUUCGGUGCGGCAAUGGCGCCGGAUGUCGUGUGCCAUAACUGCAAGAUGCCGGGUCACAUCGCUAAGGACUGCACGCAGGCCGUAGUGUGCAACAAUUGCGGAGGCCGCGGGCAUCUUGCCAUCGAGUGCCCGUCAGGACCUCAAAUGAGGCCAAGACGCAGGUAGCUGUCUUAUAUUUUCUGUUUCUGCUACCCUCUCACUCUCACUUCUUCGCUCGGUUCUUUGCCUCUCAUGCCGUCGGAGGGAGGUUAGGUUUGGGCCCGACAGUCUAUGGUAAAGCUUUUGUCCCUGUAGGAAGACGGUGAUCUGUUUUUUAGCGAGCAAUCGCGUUUUACCACCGCCAUGUUUUUGACGGAGACUCUCCUUAUCUGGCGGCUGGAAUGGAUCUGGAGUAGCAGCAGCAGUAAGAAAUCUGGAGGGCGAUGCAAUCGUUGCGUGGGAGCUUGCACCCCUCCUCCCGAUGAAGAGAGGCAGUGGUUGCUGAAGUCACAGGAGCGAUUAGAAGACGAGAUGGAAGCUUGAAAGAGUGUUUGCUCAAGAGAUGGAAGUUUGAAAGAAUGGCUGCCCAAAGCACUGGUGGCGUCCGGUGGAGUUUAUCUCGCUUCGAAGAGAGGUGAAAGCGGCAAGAAUAAGACGUGGUUUAUGGAAGCCUUGUCUGAGGAGCGGGAGCGGCGGCGGCAUGAGGAGGAGGAAGGCUAUCGAGGAUUGUUGCGAGGAGUGCGGCUGGAAGAGACGGUAGUAGGGCGACGAAAUCAGUGAAAGAUUAGGGCCGCUGUUGAGAUGUGGCGUGAAGAGUUUGCCUGAAGAGGAUGGACGCUCUUUGUGCACGUAACUUUUUGUUUCCCUCCUUGCUGAAGUUGGUAGAAGGGAAUCGGGAUGGUGGUUAGGGGUUAGAGGAUUGAGAGUGAGUCUCGAAAUUGACGAGUGGAAGGAUUACAAGGACUGUUUUCUUUUGUCUUUUUCGCGUAACGUGAAACGAAGUCGACGCCCUGCUUAAGCAGGGUACGGGCGAGAGAAACCCUAGAGAAUGAGAGGAUGUAACUGGUUACGUGGCGGUAAGAAUUUUUGCUAAAGUCAAGUAAAAGAUGCGUUUUACCGCGUGGGCACGGAGGCAGGCAGACUGAUAUAGCCUGAUAAUGAAAUGAAGUGCGACGUUUGUUUGGUUCGGCGUUCUGGUGGAGAGAGAGAGAGAGAGAGAGAGAGAGAGAGAGAGGAAGGUGAGAUGUCUUGAAGUGUAUGAUGAUGGUUGGUGUGUGGUUUCCUGUUGUAAGCAGUCAUCAGACUCCGUUGUUUAUUCUGGUGUAAUAUGUUGCGGGAACGUAGCCUGGCUGGCGAUAAAAUCUGCUCGGUACGGGCUUUCCCUGAGAGGUAUAGUUUCGGGUGCGGGGAUAAAAUCCUUAGUGUGUUUGUUCCUGUGAUUCAUGCAGUCAUCACUUGAAAAGCGGGAGGCAUGCUACAGACAUUUUUGAGCUCUCAAUGUUGGAUUCCUAGUACUGUUAGUGAGGAGGAAGCUCAAAGUAUGCCUUUGCUGUUUCGACGCUAACUGUUCACCCUCGCUCCGUGGUGCCUUCCUCCGACCGCGUGUACUAAUUGAGGGAGGAUCUCGGUGGCAGUCGUUGACUGCAUCCGACUGCAGUUACGUCCAGAGAUGAGUCCAAAAAGGCCUAGUGGGAGUAUGCCCCGAGUAUGUGAAAUGUCUGAGCGUCACGUUUUGUUUUCGUGUGAUUUGGGUAAUGGCAGCAGGAGUAUAUCUUCACUGCCAGCCCACAAUGAUUGUCAUUUUGGGAGUUAUGUGAUUUGUGUGCGACAGAGGCGCCAUGGAAUGGUCUUGUCAUGAUGUUUUCUUUCUUCGGUUGUGCCCCCUCGUUCACGUGUUCGUUUUCAGUCUGAUGUGAUGUCUAAUGAAUGUUAUCUGUGUGCCCACUGUGAAGCUAAAGAAAUCCUGCAGGUGCAGAAGGUCUAAGCAGGGAGAGGAUGGUAUAUGACCUGCUGCUCCUGUAGCGGAGGCUUGGUUGCUGACUACCGUAGCUGCUUUUUCUGUUCAGCUCAUAUCCAUGCCGCUACAUCAUACUCCUUUUCUAUGCUUGUCCUGUUGCCCGGCCUUCCUCUCUCCGCCACCGAUUUGGAGAAGCCAGAAAUGGUGCUCCCGGGUUUAUUAAUAGAAUCGGCACUGUUUACUGGGGGGGUGGUUGUCGGACAUUUUUGGACGUGAACUGCGAUUGUCAGACUGUGGACUUUGCUGACGCAUCACGAGGGUAGAUGUGCCUGUGGAGCGCUGACAUGAAUAGACAGCAAGGCAAUGAUGCUGUCUGUGUUAUUUUGGUGUGAGAACUCGCCGUCAUCGGCUGCGCCAAGCUGUUGCUGUAGGCGGCUUGAUGGCAGGAAGCUUCAAUAACUGCGGGCUUUCUCAAACGAUUCUGGCUGUGAUUACGGCCAGGUGGUUCCUUCGAAGUUCGACAGUGAGUGUGCUGCACAAUGAUGGAUUGGAUUGUCCAUCUCAUGUGGGAUGCGAACAAGGUUGAGGUUUGUGUGUUCCUGACAUGUGUACGAACGGGAGGGGUUGUGUCUUGAUGGAUCAUCGCUCCUUGCAACAAGCAUCGAAAGCUGAGGAGAGGAACAUUUUGUUAUAUUACCUUGGAUGUUGGAUAUUGGUAUCUGAAGUCAUGAUGAAGGCACAGCACAGCACAGCACAGCACUCUACAGGGCAGUUGCUUGUUGAUGGGUAGUACGUGCCACAUGUUGCCACAUGUUUAUUAUAGAGUUGGGGCAGGGCAUAUCCCUAACCCGGGGUGUUCUGCGAGAUCCAUUCAUCUUGUGGAGGUCUUGAGUUUCUCGUGCUCGUCCGGAACGUGGUACCGUCUCCAGAGAGCAUGUGCGGUUGCGAUCGUUUGUGUCGGAUAGAGUGGCAUGUCACUGUCCAGCCAGUCGGCAGAAGCUAAGACUAUGGAGGCUAUUGCAUCACAAGCAUUUCAGGAGAAGACUGCGGUGGUUUGCACAGCUCCCUAAUUUCUCGCUUUCUGGUUGGGCGGCCUCUGCUGAAUGCGGGUCAAAUGAAGUCUUCCUGGAUAAUCCCGUGGCCUGCCGUUGUCGUAGUCCUACCACUGCGAGGCCCGCCUGAACGGGUCUGAUGGGGAUGUUCUGUGAUCCUUAAUUAGUGGCAGCACCGUUCUUCUUUUUAUGAUGUCGGUUGGCAGAGGCAGGAUGGAAGGAUGCAUGUUGUGCUUUGCAUCUUGUCUGUGGUAGUGCUGUUUGCAGAUGAGGCUGGAUGGAUUCAUGUGUGGAUGGCAUUGUCUUUGAAGCUCAUGGACAGAAAUGCCUUGCGUUGGCAUUGACGACGUCUUGCAUGUGUUCAUUCAUUAGUAUUUUUGACCGAACUACAGUUCAUCAGGAAUCCCUCUCUCUUUCUCUCUCUCUCUCACACACACACACACGCGCACACACGGAGGAAAGGUUAUAUCCUGGACAGCUGCUUCAGAGUGGCAGCAGGCCUUGUUUGGGCCAUUGGCUGAGCUAGUUAGGGAGUGCGAGGUCUUUUUGUUGUUUUGUUAGUGGUAGAUUGUUAUACCACUUCACUCCGAUUAUGCGGAGGAUGCAGUGCAAAGUGACGCUCUAGCGGUCUACUGUUCUGUAGAGAUAGCACUAUGAUACUGCAGUUGAGAUGCGUUGAUGCGGAUAGUCUGGUGGGCAGGCGGAUUAGCAUGAACUAGAGAUGAGUUUUUUUAUUUAGUUUUUGAUUGAUUGAGUUUUGUGAAAAUUCACUGGCCUCUUUUUCCACCCCCCAAGCCUUUGAAUUUUCUUUGUUUUUUCUCGAGGGCAUGGGCAGUGUAUCGUGAUCGAGGUACUCAGAGCGUUCACAACUCGACCAGGAAGCAUUUGUCGGAAUGAACCUAAGUCAGAACAUUGCCAGGUUCAUUCCGAUGGUUCUGGACAUGCUUGAUAGCUAGGUAUGUUAUAUUGAGCGCUCAGUGUAGGCAGUUCCUGACAGGAGGCGGUCCAGGAAAUUGUUGUUUUUUUUUUCCCCCUUCGAUUUUGCUCCAAGGACUAAGGCGCUCGCCAGCUGGCACAGAAUCACAGAAUUCAUGCUGCGGUACGGGAAUGAUGUAUGCGGCAUGUCAGCCCAUUGAUAUGGUGUGCUGGAAGUUCGAUAAGGAAGCAAAGUGUUCUUCUCCUUUGUAUUUCCUUUUUCGAGGAGGUUACGGCCAGCGAGCAUCUGUAAUUUUGUUUACGUGUAGCUUCUGGUUGGCAAGUUAGGGGGAAAAGGAUGUCACGUACCUGCUUGGCAGUAGUAGCGGUUUCAUCUUAAAAUGUGAUGCUACAAAGUGCUAUGAAGUUCGCCUCGUGUCUUGUGGUUGGCUAUUUGGAGUGCGCUCUGCUUUCUUUACGUUUUUUGUUUCCUGGCGAUGUCUGUGCUUCUCCUCCUGUUGGUUAACGGGCUUAAACAUGGAAAGCACCAAAAGUACGAUUUCUUGGCCUUAUCUCCAUUUUUUUUGGAACCUUUUUGUUUUUGUAUGCUUUUGCUUUAGGUCAAGCUUGUUGCGUGUCAAAGUUUGUUGUCUGAAGUUUUGAAACUUUUGAAAGGUCACCACAGAGACUUUGGAUACUAUAAACGACAAAAUUUGACACGCAGGUAAACUUGUGAAAAUUCUGAAAAUUCUCUGAAGGUAAAUCUUCAUUCAAGGGCACUUUCGCCUCCCGCUUUUGUUUUCUUUCCGUUUGUUUAUCGAUAUGGUGUCCACUCUAUGGAGUGGUAUAAACAGCCGUUCAAAAGAUGCUGAGCAUUGGGCCUAUGUCAACCAUCCGCCAGGUUCAUUCCAGCUCCGGUUGAAGAAUCUAGACAGGAUUGUCGCCGGAUGCAUCGCUGGAGUUAAAUUGUAGAGUCAGUAUCCGUCCUUUCACGGCAUGACGCCUGUGGAUUACUGUAGAUGUUAUGGCUCACUGAAUGGCUUUGCGGAAGAUGAAAGUCAUUUCUAGGAGGCGUCAGGCUGUAGAGGGUAUAUACAAUUACAGAAAAAAAUUGUAUUUCUUUUGAAUAUACAAUUACAGGAAUUGUAUUUCUUUUGAUGUAGACAUCAUUAGGCUUAAGCACGAGCAGUGUUGCACGGUGGGUUAGUGUGGCCAACCUGUGCUUCUACAUAUUGCGACGUACACAGAGGAGCCAUCCAGUGGGUGGCGACACCUAGCUAAAGAAGAACGUGGGUCGGAUUGUUUUACUUCAGUGCACAGGUCACUUAAGUACUGGUGGUCUAUACGGCCAGCAGCUGGGCGCUUGCUAGAGGAGUGAACUGAGAGUGAAUCGUUGGCUAUUACAUGGGAACAUACACCGUUAUAUUUUCUGUUGUCGCAUUCCACAUGCACAAAAGACGAUAGCAGGAGAUUGAAUCGUUGGCUAUUACAUGGGAACAUAGACCGCUAGAGAGUGAAUCUUUCCCCCUGACGUAGCAGGAGAUUCAUUCUUCUUUAGAGGAGAGGAGCUCAGCAACACCUGUUGCUGAUUUGGAGUUUGAACGGCUUUUCUUUUCGGAGCACUUGGCUAAAGGACAAAAUAUGACAGUCUUAUCUUUUCAUGUUCUACGCGAGGACUCUUUUGAAUUUGUGGAGUAUAUAAGCGCGAAGGCCCUUGGUGAUUUGGAGUCCAUUAUUAUUUUUUGUCCUUUUGUGUUGGUUGGUCUGAUGGAAGCAAGAACGGCGGCUCGAAUCCCGAAGGAAGGCAAUUGUCGGCCCUGCUGUGUAGACAGAACGUGUUUGCUACAGGGCCUUCCUUCACUACUCUCCACGUGUUGAAUCCUCUGGCGGAACAUGGAAUAAUACGUUGCCAAAAUCC